AUGUCUUCAUCGCUGGAAAAAACUGGUCUUUGUACCAGAAAGAAAGUUCACAUCAUCCCUACUGAGUGGGCUUCGUACCCGACGCAAACUCUAGAUUGCAUAGUAUAUUCUGGCGUUAAAGAACACUGAAAUCGUUACAAAACAGUAAAGGGAGCUUGAAUUACAAUCGGUUAAGUGUCAGCUGAAGCGAAACUCUACAAAGGCUACGUUUGGAUGCGUAAGGAGUCCGACCAGACUCGAAAACCAUUUUCAUCGGAGUAUUCUGUAGCGUUGAUUGAUAAUUAUCCGUAA